AUGGCCAGUGAUGCCAGUGAUGUAGGUUUCGAUGAUGUAAAAGCAUUAGCAGAUGCCCUUUGCAAAAACGCCACUUUAACUAAUCUAGAUCUUUCAAAUAAUGGCCUUACUUUUAAGGAAGGACAAGUAUUAGCAGAAGCUCUUGGUAAAAAUACUAAAUUAAUUUAUUUGAACAUUAGUAGUAAUAAACUUGGUUAUAAAGGGUUAGAAAUAUUAGCACAUGCUCUACGUAAUAACACUACUUUAAUUGAUUUAAUAAUUUAUGAAAAUCAACUUAGUUAUGAAGAAUACAAAACAUUAGGAAGGGUUUUUUAUAGAAAUAAUGCCUCGAUUAUAUUAGGGUUAGAUCAUUCUUAUGAUGAGUAA